AUGUCUGAAAGUUCGCUGCUAAACUGCUAAAGCAGCAAGGAUUUUUUACCAAAGCUCACACAUAAAGGGAUGUCAGUAAACUAUUCUCUGAUGGAGAGUUUAUAAAAGAAUGUCUGGUGGACUCUGCAGCGUUUAUAUGCCCGGAGAAGAAAGGAGCGUUCGUUAAUGUGACCCUUUGGAGGCGAACCGUAACGAGGCGGGCGGAGAGCAUCGCCGAAAAUCUGGAGCUUCAGCUGCACAACAAAGUGGACGAUUUUGACGUUUUGUCCUUGGCUCUGGACGAGAGCUGUGAUGUCCAUGACACAGCCCAGUUACUCAUCUUUGUACGUGGACUAACAAAAAACCUUUGAGAUGACGGAGGAGCUGGCAGCUGUGCAGCCAAUGAAGGGAACCACGACGCAGGAAAAAAAUCAGCUGCUGUCCUUUGGUGAUGUAUUAUCGUCUUUUCCUGCUUGGUACUCUGCUGUUUUGUACAGGUGAGUCCUUCGCACAGGGUCAACCAGAGGCAGUCCUCGCCUUUGCGGGUGGAGAUGCAGUCCUGCCCUGCAGUUUUGAGAUCGCCGCCAGCAACGACUUCCCGACGGUGGAGUGGUCCAAGGAGGGCCUGAAGCCCAACGUCAUCUUCUUGUACCGCGAUGGCUGCGAGACCCACGAGAUGAAGAACCCGUCCUUCGAGUACAGGACGAGCCUCAUCGCCAGAGAGCUAAAAAACGGAAAUGUCUCAUUGAGGAUCUCUGACGUGCAGCUGUCGGAUGCUGGGAAGUACCAGUGUAUGCGGCUGUGGAAGGACUCGCCCUGGGAGGUGACGACGGUGGAGCUUGUUGUAGUUGCAGUUUCGGAGCCGAAGCUGUCGGUGGUUUCAGCAGAAAGUGGAGGAGUGACGCUGCAGUGUGAAGCCGCCUGCUGGCUGCCGCAGCCUGAGAUCAAGUUUCUGGACCACGAAGGAAACGAAAUCCCGGCCGAAGAGCCAAAAAGAGAGCGACACGAGAGCGGAUGUGACACCGCGAGACAAAGAGUCACCGUGCAGAGCGCCACCAACAGGGUCACCUGCAGAGUUCACCAGCCAGAGUUCAACCACACCAAGCACAUAGAGAUCUUCAUACCAGCCGAGUGCACGAGGUCUCACACUCAAACCAUUGUCAUCGCUGUUGGAGGGACAUUUUUAUUUUUCUUAGUCACAUGUGGAUUAGCUGUGUUGUUGUGGAGGAGAUGUGGCAAACCUGCGAAGAGAAAUCAGCCAAUGAAUAGGCAGGAAUCAGAUCAAAGUACUUUCAGUACUGUUGCUGAACACCACCCUCUGCAGGUUCAGAGAAGCACAACCGAUGACCCAGGAAACGGCACAGUCCAAAAGCUGAAAAGUAAAGUGGCUGACCUCGAGUGGGAGCUUCGUAUGAAGGACGAGACCAUCCGCCAGCUACAGAGCAGCUUAGAAUCUCAGCAGCGUUGUGCUUUCUGCCAGCUGGAACCGGUGGUCAACCAACGCUCCGAGUCCAGCAACUCUCCAGCAGCUUCACCCAGUUCUAACCCGACACAAUUUACCAAUUUCCCCCAAGUCAUUGGUCCAAAUCUUUUCAUCCAGAGACCAAUCAGCAACCCAACACCUAACCACCCACCACAAAGAAGGCACCGCAUCUACAGCAGUCCAGCUGCUAUUCAUUAUUCAUCAUCCAGGGCUUCUUUAUCUGCCGCUGCAGAGAAAAAGCGGCUGCAAGUCCAACGGUUGAGAAGUGUGUCCGAUGAGCAACCGGGUCAGAACGGUGUCCUGCUUCAGCGCAGACACUCCUCAGUGCUUCCAAUGUUAUAUCAGCCUGUCAACCGCUACAGACACCUGGCGAAUUUACCAGAAGUCACCGAAUCCAUUUACUGAGAGAAGGGAUUUUUUGGGGGGCAGAGCUCAAAUGUGGUCACAACAAGCCAAGCAAGAAGUCACCGACAUUUUGUACAACCAACCUUUAAUGUUUAAAAUUUUAACCCAAAUCUGUUAGUGAAACACUGGUUGUGGUAGCUUUGGACAACGCAAUUUGUGUGUAACUGCUAUGUUGUUCCACAGUGCAAAAAACGUACUUGUUUCUCAGGACUUUCACACAGGAGAUCAUGAUACAAAGUCCUGAAUGGUCCUGUUGGUUUGUGGUGUUUUACUCGCUGUUUACUUUCAUUUUCGGUCACUGUUUGGUGUUUACACCACAAAAUUAUUUGGUUAAGUUUGUGUAACAGUGCUGAUUGGUUUGGUUUAAUUUCUCCUGAGAAGUGUAAGUUUUGAAGCCUUUUGUUGUGACAUUCUUACAUUUUACACAUUUUCUAUUACACUGGGCUGCUUCGAGCAGAGCCACACUAGCUAUUUCCCUUCAUUUCCAGUCUUUAUGCUAAGCUAUGCUAACUUGACACAAGUGUACUUCUUAAUUGCUUUGACUUCAGUCAACAAAAGCAGAACCAAACUGCAUUUUAUGCUGCUAAUGAUUCACCUGCUUAUGCUAAAGACUCUUUAAGAGAGAGCCUGAUUUUAAUUAAGCUUAAUUUGCAGGAAUGCGUAUUUAUUUUAAAUUAAUGUUGGUGAUAUCAGAGUGGCUUUACUCAAAUUCACAGCUCACAUUUCUAAGAAAAAAACAGCUCACUCCCAUCUUGCACUUUAGACUUUUUUGGCUUUUAUUGACAAAAUACACUUUUGAGCACAUUAUUAUCUGACUUGCAGGCUUGCACAUGUGUGGUAAAAUCUUUAUUAGCAAUGAAAUGUUUGAUUGUAUAAAUAGAAAUGUAGAUGUUUGUAUUUUUUAAGAUGUCCAUUUUUAUGUCCAAUAUACCCCGUUAUGACAUUGAAGAAAGAUCUCUCCUUGUCCUAUUUAAGUGCCUACUUCUGUCAUGCAAUAUUGGUGUGAGACCUGGAAGCAGAUUCAGUGCUGAAUUGCAAUGUUGUCCAUUUUUAGGUUUACUAGCACUCAGCAUUUCCAAACUUUCUUGAAGCUUUGGGCUGAAAAGUGCAAUUUUGAUCAACUAAAUUGAAUUUAUUUACUCCUUUCUGAUUCAGUUUUACUGUCUUGUCAUGUAAUUUUCUUCAUCGGGUUUACGAUAUCUGAUGCAAACCAAAACACUAACAAUUGUCAAGUUCUUGUCGAAGGGGAAACCGGGAAAUGUGGGGCAUUUGUAGAAGCUGCGCACAGUUUAUUAAAACCUGGAAAAAGUAAACUUAA